AUGGGUUUCAAGACUAUACACCACAAGUUUUUUGAGUGCAACUCAGGUGCCUUCUCCUGUUACCUUCAGAUGUUUUGCCAUUCAUUUCCAAAUAUAAUGGAUGGGAAGAAACUAGAGUACAAAGGUGAGGAGGCAUUAAAGGAGCUGGAGACCUUAACAGCGAGAGCUGAUGAGGUUCAAGAGUGUCUUUUAGAAGACAUACUAACAAGGAAUAGGAAGACUGAGUAUCUGCAUAACUACUUGUUGGGAUCCAAAAGUGUAACAGAGUUUAAGCGUUGUGUACCAGUUAUCACAUAUAAGGGCAUUCGUUCUUAUAUUCAGAGGAUCGGUAAUGGUGAAGAUUCUUCUCUUAUUACCGGUCACCCCAUCACUGAGAUGCUAUGCAGCUCCGGAACGUCUGCUGGAGAACCUAAGCUGAUGCCAUCAAUUGCAGAAGAUCUAGAUCGUCGAACCUUUCUAUAUAACCUCAUCAUGCCGAUAAUGAACCAAUAUGUCCCCGGUCUGGAUGAGGGUAAGGCUAUGUACCUGUGCUUUGUCAAGGCAGAAAUGUCCACUCCUUGUGGCUUACCUGCUCGGGCUGUUCUAACCAGCUACUACAAGAGCAGGCACUUCAAAUGCCGCUCAAGAGACCCCUACAACGAUUUCACCAGCCCCGACGAAGCCAUUUUGUGCGAGGAUAGUCAUCAAAGCAUGUACUGCCAGUUGCUCGCCGGCCUCCUCCACCGCUACCAAGUCCUCCGCCUCGGAGCCGUCUUUGCCUCCGCUCUUCUCCGCUCCAUCUCCUUCCUCGAACACCACUGGAUCACCCUCUGCAACGAUAUCCGGUCUGGCCAUUUGGACCCCAUGAUCACCGACCCGAAAUGCCGAUCAGCCAUGUCAGUCAUACUCGUAUCACCGGACCGACAACUAGCCGACGAGAUUGAGGCCAUCUGUGGCCGUCCAUCGUGGAAGGGAAUAGUGUGUCACCUUUGGCCUAAGGCUAAGUACAUUGAGGCUGUGGUGACAGGGUCCAUGGCACAAUAUAUAUCAUCUCUUGAGUACUAUAGUGAUGGGAAGUUGCCAUUGGUGUGCACCAUGUAUGCUUCAUCUGAGUGUUAUUUUGGUGUGAAUUUGAAACCCUUAUGUGACCCUGCGGAUGUGUCAUUCACUCUCUUGCCCAACAUGGGUUACUUUGAAUUCAUACCUUUGGGAGAUAAUGGAACACUGUUAAUGGAUAUGGAUGAAGAUGAAGAGGUGCCCCCCAAUAAGCUUGUCGACCUGGUGAAUGUUAGACUUGGUUCUUACUAUGAAUUGGUGGUUACCACUUUCUCUGGACUUUAUCGGUAUCGCAUUGGUGAUGUGCUCCAAGUGACAGGAUUCCAUAAUCGAGCCCCACAGUUUCGUUUCAUCUGCAGGAGAAACGUCGUUCUCAGCGUUGAUAACGAUAAAACCAAUGAAGAAGACCUACACAGGAGCAUCACAGUGGCAAAGAGACUCUUGGAACCCUACAAUGCCCUCCUGGUGGAAUACACUAGCUCUGCCGAUACAUCAUCUGUACCAGGGCACUAUGUGAUUUACUGGGAGAUCACACAUUGCACAUCAAUGGCAGACAAGGUCACCCCUGUCGAUCCCGGGGUGUUUCAAGAUUGCUGCAUAACCAUUGAAGAAGAACUUGAUUAUAUCUACAGGCGCUGUCGGGCUCACGACAAGUCCGUCGGGCCAUUGGAGAUUCGAGUAGUGAAGCCCAGGAGUUUUGAAUUGUUGAUGGAUAUGUUAAUCAACCAAGGAGGGUCAAUUAACCAGUAUAAAACUCCAAGGUGCAUUAAGUCUAGUGCUGCACUUAAACUGUUGAACUCCAAUGUGAAGGCUAGCUUCUUUAGUCCUAGGGAUCCUUCUUGGACCCCUUGAAUUUGCAACUAGAAUAAUGAGAAUGACCCAAUUUUCCUUCACUUGGAUUUGUGUUCUGGGACUUAAU